AUAAAAUUCGGCUGCCUAAAAAAUAGGCAAGGGGUAGAGAUUUACAGGAACACUGACGAGUCCUUACUUAGCUCAUCCGCCUCCGCCUCCGCCUCCGCCUCCAUUCUCUUCCUUCGUUAUUGGGGCUGGGAAGCGAAGGUUGAAUUGAACUGGUGGUGGAACGGACGACCGUGAUCAUCGUGAUGGAGAUGCGGCACGAGGCGGGGCUGCGGACGAGCCUGCUGGCGCUGGCGGUGCUGAUGAUCGCUGUUGGGAUCUGGACCUCCUCCCUCAAGAAGAUGCUGCCCACCUACGCAUUCGGGAUCUCCGUGAUCCUUUUGUCGGACUGGGAGUUCUUCGAUCGGGAUUUCUUCAAGUGGUUCACGCCCAUUCCUGCUCACAGAGCACCGGGCGCCAAUUGGGCUGCCGAUAAUUUCAGGCUCAAGUUCUUUCCUCUGCGGUUGGCACUGAUUACCCUAAUGUAUGGAUUUGGUCUAUACAAGUGGUGGAAGUUCCAAUUUAGCAUCUAGUUUCUGUUUUUUCGCUUUGUGUAUCCUUCCGUUCUUUGACAAUUUCCUUCUUAUUCCUGGCCAUUUUUUAGUUGAUUCCCAACGUUUUUAUUUGUUUUUAUUUUGCACAGAAAAUAAAUCUUUCAAACAAUCCGAAUAGCUGGCGCAGAUUGACUUCAGCACUGAAUAUAUUCCUCCUUUAGUUGUAAUUUUCCAUUAAUUUCUCUGAAUCACGUAGAAGUGAAUUGGAUAAUAAAUCUAACCUAUACCACAAGAGACAACACCACAAGCACUAGUUCCCUGUCCUUUGGUGGAUCUAACCAAAUUGACCUGCAAACGGGGCUCGAUUCAUAAAUUACCGCAUCAUUUUUUGUUCAACUAAUUUAGUUUAAUUAGAUUGAAUUUAAUACACUUUAUGAAGUCGUCAUCUUAACACCUCUCCAGUUACACAGAAAGAGGAUAAAUCAUGAGGAUUUUAGGAUUUUUUAAGUUUUAACCAAACGAUCUUGCUAAAAUAGGAGACACAAAAUAAUUUAAAACAGUAUUUAUAUCCGUCGAGAAUGGAACCAUGUUACAAAUCCUAUUCUAGUACCAAGUCGGUUACAUCAGCUGGGCAAAUAAUGCAUCAGGUGAGCACCCCAUGACUUUUGCAUCAUCACCUGGUCUGCGAGUCUCACCAAGUCUGUUUUCAAAUC